CAAACUACUGGUGCAUUAUUAUUUGUUGCAGAGUGGUUCAGUGUACAGAAGAGUGGUGUGUUCAGGUCUCUGCGGCACCUGUCUGAUUACUGCACUGACCGUACCUGUUUACCCCCUUAGUGUCGACCCGGGGGGGUGUCGUGGCAGAAUGGCAGCAUGAAAGAACGUUUAUGUGGAAAACACUAAGACCCCCAGCCAACGCAUGGACCCACCCCUGAGUGUGAGAGGGGCAGUGUGAGGAGGAACAGCCCAUGUAGGUUGAUAUUUUUAGCCCCCCCAAGGUUGUGCUAUGGCAGCUGUUCCACCCCCCCCCCCCCGAUCAUCCCUAACAUUAAGCGUCACAUCCCCCCAACACCCACACGCACACACCCACGCACACUCAGGACUUCAGCAUUCCCUCCUUGGUUGCACCAGAGCUCCUCUUCGUCGUGAGGACGUGUGAGCACCCCCCCCCCCCGUGGGCCACCCCGCUGGCAGCUGCGGUAAGGGGGUGGGGGGGUCGCUCUGAUUCUGUGCGGUGCUGCUACUGCGUAAUGGACUGCUCGAGGGAGCCGUGGCGAAGCAGGUGCCAGUUUAGCUUGAGGGUCACUGACCAUCAAUCCCAUUGCUCGGCACACCCACAGCCUCCAUCCCUCCGCUUGAGGAAGAGGGCCGAGUCACCAACAUGGCUUUUUCCACACGCUUUUCAUUCUGGGAGCGAAAGGUCAAAGAUGAGAACAAGCCAGAUUCCAAAGGGUCCAACUGUGACAGUGAUGGAAGUGUUGCAAGCAGCCGGAUGUCAACUGCGAGUGCAGAGGUCCCCACAAUGCCAAAUCCUGCCCUGGUAAAACAUGGGGCUGAAUCUCAGGGCAAGCGCUUCCAGAGCCCAUCUCCUCCUCAGACGCGGUCAUUGCUUAAAAGCCCAGAGCUUUCUGGAUCUUUCUCUGGGCCCAAAGCUCCGAAGGCUCCCGGCUCACGCUUCGGCCCCUCUACCGAAGAGGGUGAUGCCAUCUCUGCAGGCUUGGCCAGUUUGAUGGGCCGCAGCAGGACCAAAGAACAUCGACCCCGCUCCAGAGCCUCGGCCCGCAAGGAGCUGCAGAAGGAGAAAGAAGAUGCUGAGGAGAAAGUCGAUUUAGGGAAUGGGGAGAAGGUGGACUUAGGGGAUGAGGAAACGGUGUAUGUAAAGAGUGUGCAGAAGGAGGGAAUGAAGGUUCCAGAGAAGGGGGAGGAGGAGAAGACCCAAAAAAACUUGGAACAGAAGAGAGAGGAGGUAACGGAGGCUCCCACUGCUGUCCCACCAGGCCAGCAGAAGACUCCAUGGAAAUCUGCUGCUGUUUCCCCUCCCACUGGGUUCAUCCCUUCUCGCAAACCUGACCCCCUUUCUCCACCUGUUGGAUUUAUCCCUGCCCCCAAAUCGAACCCCCUCUCUCCACCUGCUGGAUUUAUCCCCACCCCCAGAUCAUCAUCUGUGAAGAAGCCAGAGGUGGCGCCGCUGACACCUACUGAAGUGGCCCAGAGAAGACUGGAGAGGAUUUUCAUGACACCUCUAGAGCCUGGUGGCAGAGGCUCCGCCCCCUCUCAGGUGAAGUCCGAGGAGCAGAUUGCCAGCGAGCGCGAGUGGUUCUCCUCCGAGAAGGUGUGGCUGGUCCACAAGGACGGCUUUUCCCUGGCCACGCUGCUGAAGACAGAGGAGGGCAUCCUGCCAGAGGGGAAGGUGCAGGUCAAGCUGGAGCAUGAUGGGAAGGUGCUGGAAGUGGACGAGGAGGACGUGGAGAAGGCAAACCCCCCAGCGUGUGACCGUGUAGAGGAUCUGGCCUCGCUGCAGUACCUCAACGAGUCGAGCGUCAUGCACACCUUGCGGCAGCGCUACGGAGCCUCCCUCAUCCACACGUACGCUGGAGCCAGCAUGGUGCUGGUGAACCCCGUGAGCGCCCCCUCGCUCUACUCUGAGAAGGUGAUGCAGAUGUUCAAGGGGUGUCGCCGGGAGGACAUGGCCCCCCACAUCUACGCCGUGGCCCAGUGGGCCUACCGCUGCUUGCUGACCACACGCCAGGACCAGUCCAUCGUCCUGCUGGGCCGCACCGGCAGCGGAAAGACCACCAGCUGUCAUCACCUGGUGCAGUACUUGGCCUCGGCGGCCGGCAGCGUGGCCAAGGCCUUCUCAGUGGAAAAGUGGCAGGCGGUGCACACCGUGCUGGAGGCCUUCGGCAACUGCACAACACCGGCCAACGCCAACGCCAGCCGCUAUUCGCAGAUCGUCUCACUGGACUUUGACCAGGCCGGCCAGGUGGCGUCAGCCUCCGUCCAGACAAUGCUGCUGGAGAAGUUGAGGGUGACCAGGCGGCCUGGAGACGAGUCCACCUUCCACGCGUUCUACUACCUGAUGGCUGGAGCAGAUGGAGCUCUCAGGACUGAGCUGCACUUCAACCACUUUGCAGAGAGCAGCGCCUUCGGCAUUGUGCCCCACUCUAAGCCUGAGGACAAGCAGAAGGCUUCGCAGCAGUUCACCAAACUGCAGGCUGCCAUGAAGGUGCUGGGCAUCUCUGCGGAGGAGCAGAAGGCCUUCUGGCUCAUCUUGGGGGCCAUCUACCAUCUAGGGGCAGCAGGGGCCACCAAAGAGGCAGAUGAAGCUGGACGCAAGCAGUUCGCGCGACACGAAUGGGCCCAGAAGGCGGCCUACCUCCUGGGCUCCUCCCUCGAGGAGCUCUCAUCCGCCAUCUUCAAGCUGCAGACCAAGGGCGCCCCCCAGAGGCCGUCCUCCUCUGUGCGACAGGGAGCGGGGGACGCCUCAAGCUCUGGAGAGAGCGCAGGACCCAAGGUGACGGCGGCGGAGUGUCUGGAAGCGAUGGCGUCCAGCCUUUACUCCGAGCUCUUCGCUCUCCUCAUCUUCCUCGUCAACCGGACGCUCAAGUCCAGCCAGCGCGCUCUGUACUCCCUGCUAAUCGUGGACACGCCGGGCUCCCAGAACCCGAGGCUGGUGCGACAGGAGCGCGGCGCCACCUUCCAGGAGCUGUGCCACAACUACGCCCAGGAGCGGCUGCGCACUCUGUUCCAGGAACGUGCCCUGGCGCAGGAGCUCGAGCGCUACAAAGAGGAGAACAUAGAGCUUCCCCUGGAGGAUGUGGAUCUGAGCACAUCGCCGUCCAUAGCCAUUGUGGACCAGGCGUCCAGCCCAGCCCUGGUGCGGAGCCUGGCACGGACGGAGGAGGCGCGAGGGCUGCUCUCGCUGAUGGAGGAGGAGGCGCUGCAGCCUGGAGGCUCAGAGGAGGCGCUGCUGAGACGUCUCUUCAGCUACUACAGCCCCCCGGAAGGGGAGAGCCAAGGCCAGCCCUUGCUGCUGAAGGGCGAGCACCCGGACCACUUCCUGCUGGGCCACAGCCACGGGACGGACUGGGUGGAGUACGACGCGAGGGGCUGGUUGGGCCUCGCCCGGCAGAACCCAGCCUCCCAAAAUGCUGUCUCGCUCCUGCAGGAAUCCCAGAAGAAGAACAUCAGCAGCCUGUUUGCGGGGCGUGGGUCUGGGGCAGUGCCGCUCUCAGGCUCCAUCGCCGGCCUGGAGGGCGUCUCCCAGCUGGCCAUGCGGCGUGCAACCGGCAUGAGGAAGACCUUCACCGCGGGCAUGGCCGCCGUGAAGAAAAAGUCACCCUGCAUCCAGAUCAAACUGCAAGUGGAUGCCCUGAUGGACACGGUGAGGAGAUCCAGGGUCCACUUCGUGCAUUGCCUGCUGCCCCAGGCUGGCACCAGGGUUGGGGACGGCGACGGGCGAUCUUCACGGCUGGCCGAUGCCGAGGCCCUUGGGGAGAGUGCUGACGUGGGCCACGUGCAGCUGGACGUGCCCCUUCUGCGGGCCCAGCUGCGUGGAUCCAGACUCCUGGAUGCCCUCAGGAUCUACAGACAAGGAUAUCCCGAUCACAUGGUCUUCUCCGAGUUCCGCCGGCGGUUCGACGUGCUGGCGCCCCAGCUGAGCAAGAAGCACGGGCGCAGCUACAUCGUGACAGACGAGAAGAGAGCCGUCGAGGAGCUCCUGGAGUGCCUGGACCUGGAGAAGAGCAGCUUCCACAUGGGUCUGAGCAGGGUGUUCUUCAGGGCAGGCACCUUGGCCAAGCUGGAGGAGCAGCGGGAUGAGCAAACUAGGCACAACAUCACCCUGCUCCAGGCCGCAUGUCGUGGAUACCUGGCCAGGCGAGCCUUCAGUAAGAGGAAGGUCCAGGACCUGGCGAUCAGAUGCAUCCAAAAGAACAUCAAGAAGAACUGCGGGGUGAAGGACUGGCCCUGGUGGAAGCUCUUCACCUCUGUCCGGCCGCUCAUCGAGGUCCAGCUCUCUGAGGAACAGAUCCGGGGCAGAGAUGAGGAGAUCCAGCAGCUGAAGGCCAAGCUGGACAAGGUGGAAAAGGAAAGAAAUGAGUUGCGUCUCAACAACGACCGCCUGGAGAGCAGGAUAGCAGAACUGUCAGCAGAGCUGGCAGACGAAAGGAGCACGGGUGAGUCUGCCACGCAGCUGCUGGAGUCGGAGACAUCCGAGAGACUGCGUCUGGACAAGGACCUGAAGGACCUGCAGGCCAAGCACGACACCAUGAGGAAGCAGAUGGAGUCCAUGGAGGUGGAGGUGAUGGAGGCACGUCUUGCCCGUGCAGCUGAGCUCAAUGGCGAGAUAGAUGACAAUGACGACGACACUGGAGGAGAGUGGAGGCUGAAAUACGAGCGCAUGGUUCGGGAGGCUGAAUUCACCAAGAAGAAGAUCCAGCAGGAAUAUGAGGACAAGCUGGAGAAUGAACAGCAGAACCGGAGACACCUGGAGAGGAAGCUGGCAGAGCUGCAGGCGGACGGCGAAGAGGCGCAGCGCUCACUGCAGCAGCUGAAAAAGAAGUGUCAGCGCCUGACUGCAGAGCUGCAGGACACCAAACUGCACCUGGAGGGCCAGCAGAGUCGCAAUCAUGAUCUAGAGAAGAAGCAGAGGAGGUUCGACUCAGAGCAGAGCCAGGCCCAGGAGGAAGCCCAACGGGAGAAGGCCCUCAGGGAAAAAAUGGGUCGGGAGAAGGACAUGCUGGCUGGAGAGCUGUUUAGUCUGAGACAGCAGCUGCAGGACAAGGACCUGGAGCUGUGUGCAGCCCGGCUAAAGGUAGAACAGCUGGAGGUGGAGCUGCAGGACCUCUCCUCCCAGGAGUCUAAGGACGAGGCCUCGCUGGUCAAGGUCAAGAAACAACUACGUGACCUGCAGAUGAAGGUGAAGGACCAGGAGGAAGAGCUCGACGAGCAAGCAGGCACCAUCCAGACGCUGGAGCAGGCCAAGCUGAGGCUGGAGAUGCAGAUGGAGAGACUACGUCAAAGCCACUCCAAAGAGAUGGAAACCAAAGAUGAAGAGGUGGAGGAGAUCAGGCAAGCCUGCACUAAAAAGCUAAAGCACAUGGAGGCCCAGCUGGAGGAAGAAUAUGACGAGAAGCAGAGGGUCCUCCGUGAGAGGCGGGAUCUGGAAGCAAAGCUGCUCAGUGCCCAGGACCAGGUAGGCCAACGGGACAUGGAGACUGAGAAGCGCCUCAGGAAGGACCUGAAGCGCACCAAAGCCCUCCUAGCUGAUGCUCAGGCCAUGCUGGACCACCUAAAGAAUAAUGCCCCCAGCAAGAGGGAGCUCACACAGCUUAGGAGCCAGCUGGAGGAGUCUGAAUUUGCCUGUGCUGCUGCUGUCAAGACCCGCAAGUCCAUGGAGUUGGAGAUGGAAGACUUGCAUGUGCAAAUGGAGGACAUCUCCAAGGCUAAGAUCUCGCUGGAGGAGCAGGUGAGCCGGCUGCAGCGCGAGAAGAACGAUCUGCAGUCACGUCUGGAGGAGGACCAGGAGGACAUGAAUGAACUGAUGAAGAAGCACAAGGCAGCCGUUGCCCAGUCAACCCGAGACCUGGCCCAGAUUAGUGACCUGCAAGCCCAACUGGAAGAGGCCAUGAAGGAGAAGCAGGAGAUCCAGGAGAAGGUCCAGACUCUGCAAAGCCAGCUGGAUUUCCAGGAGCAGUGCAUGGUGGACAAGUCCUUAGUGAGCCGGCAGGAGGCCAAGAUACGUGAGCUGGAGACCAAGCUGGAGUAUGAGCGGACGCAGGUCAAGAGGCUUGAGGGCCUGGUGGCUCGACUGAAGGAGGGCCUGGAGAAGCUGGCAGAGGAGCGGGACCAACAUCUGGCCGCUGAGAACCGGGAGAAGGAGCAGAACAAGCGGCUGCAGCGGCAGGUCCGAGAUGUGAAGGAGGAGAUGGGCGAGCUGGUCAAGAAGGAGACGGAGGCGAGUCGCAAGAAGCAUGAGCUGGAGAUGGACAUCGAGAGCCUCGAGGCGGCCAAUCAGAGCCUGCAGGCGGACCUUAAGCUGGCUUUCAAGCGAAUUGGCGACCUGCAGGCUGCCCUCGAAGAUGAGAUGGAGAGCGACGAUAGCGAUGACCUCAUCAACAGCAUGCAGGACAUGGUCACUAAGUAUCAGAAAAGAAAGAAUAAAGCUGGAGGUGACUCGGAGACCGACUCAGAGGUGGAGAAUCGCGUGGAUGGGGUGAAAUCUCUCAUCUCCAGGAACAAGGGCUCUAGCAGAACCAUUCCGGAUGAUGUCAACCUGACAAACCCCAGAUGUGCUGUAAAGGUGGAUGACAUGGAUGAGGUUGGAAAAGAAAUAAAGGAGAGCAGAAGGGAGGAGUCCAGCAAGCUCGUGUCAGCACUGAACUCUGCAAGUUCCCUGAGCUAUCGGAAACGCUCCAACCUGAAGGACUCAAUUGGGGGUGAGGGGGAUGAGCUGUUUCUAUUCAGCACUUUGAAGAAGCACUCAGAAUCCGAUGGCCGCUCCUCUGACUGCAGGACCCACUCCAGCAACUCUGGAAAGAAAUCACAGGCCAGAGAUGAUGCCAUGUCUAUUAGUUCCUGGAGGAAAUCUCAAGCAGAGGAUGACUCUCUGUCUAUCAGUUCCCGGAAGAAAUCACAGGCAGAAGAUGAGUCUCUCUCAAUCAGCAGCUGGAGGAAAUCACAGGCCGGGGUUCACCUGGAUGAUGACCUGGAUGACUGUGGCUCUGUCAUCUCACAGGCAAUUUCUGAGACCUCCAGUCGAGCCAGGAGAGGACUGCCAAGGAGUCAAAUGGAAGCUGACAGAGAGUCUUCACUGUCGUCUUUGGCCCCCAGCCGAGCCUUUGACCGCUUGGGGCCAAAUCGAGAGGAUGACAGUAGGUCUGUCCUGAGCAGCCUGGGCCCAUCCAGCUCUUACAGCUUGCGCCGAAGUUCCUCGUGGCUGGAUGACAGCCGUAGCGAGUCCUAUAGACCAGCCAUCAGCCCCAGCCUGAGUCGGCGCUCUGUUUCCCGCAGCCCAGACAGCAUCAGGUCAUCACUGAGUCAUGGCAGACGGGUGAGUGGAUUCAAUGUUGACCGAGACGAUGACGAUGCACUUAGCGUGGCCCUUAGCGAUGUCCGCUCCAGCUCUCACAGCCCCCACUCCCUGGGCCGAAGCCUCUCUGUGCCAACCCCUUCCCCAUCUGCUGACCGCAGCACUGUGGAGAGCUCCAGCAGCAGCAAGCCCACGGGAUACCGUAACUACCUGGACCCAGAUCUGGAGGCAGCCAUAAAUGAAGUGCUGAGUUUCAAGCCUAUCAAGUUCAAGAGGCGGAGCCUGGAGGAUUCGGGGGAUGAGGGUGAGGAAGGCAAGGCAAACACUGAGGGUGGGGCUCAAGAUAGUGGGGGGAAUCGUUCUGCCUUGGCUCUCACAUCUUCUGAUUCUAUUCGACCCCCGAGCAGCCGCAUCCGCGGUAGUCGGAAAGAUCACUCCUCCAACUCGGACAGCUCCUCUUCAGACCAGUGCCAAAGGACAAGCUCCUGGAAGAAGGCAGCAAGACGUUCCAGGCAGAAGGGGGUCGAAUCAUCUUCCUCCUCUGAGUCCUCAGAGUCAGAGAGCUCCUCUUCCUCAAGCAGCUCUGUCCUCUCCUGCCGUGGAGUCAAAAAGGAGUCAACUCGACGACUCUCCGCCUCUGAUAAGGAGAAGGAAGAGAAGCGGCCUUGCAGCAGAAGAGAAGACAGGAAGAAGAAAGGAAAGAUGGACAACCUAAUGAUGAAGUACCUCUAUAAGCCGGACAGUGACUGAAGCCUUUGGAGCACCCGACGAUAUAUCGGCCGCAUCUUGUGGUCAACAAAUCCAGCGAAGAGGAGCCGGAGGGGGGUCACCUGAACAACGGC